GGCUGGUCAAGUUGAAUAGUAUAAAACAGAAAGACUGGAGAGUGACAGAGCGAGUGCCUUUUGCAAGAAGAAGUGACAAAAAGAAGAAGAAGAAGAAGAAGAAGACGUAAGUGACAACAAUGGCGGCUCGUGAGGAAGUUUCAGAGCAAAACACCAACGUCCAGAGCAAGAGUACGAGCCCGAGGACGAGAAGCCCCGCCCCGUUCUUGCUCAAGACCUUCGAUCUUCUCGAGGAAACCGGACGAGACGAUCUAGGAGAUGAUGAAGAAGAAGAUGAUGGCGAUGGCGACAGCGACGGCGGCGCGAUGAAGAAGAAGAAGAAGAUGAUGAUAUCUUGGAACAGAGAAGGGAGUGGGUUUGUGGUGUGGUGUCCUGCGGAGUUCUCGGAGCACAUGUUGCCCAAAUACUUCAAGCACAACAACUUCUCCAGCUUCAUUCGCCAACUCAAUACCUACGGAUUCAAGAAGACAUCAUCCAAGAGAUGGGAGUUCAAGCAUGACAAGUUCCAAAAGGGGUGCAGGCACAAGCUCACGGAGAUCACCCGCAAGAAGUGCGAGCCGAGCGUGUUCCCUUCAUUCCUGAGACCUUCCAAAGAGCACCACCAGAAUAGCAGCAACAACAGCAGUAACAGCAACAGCAAUAACGCACAGAUCAGCGCAAGCUGGGCGGAGGGAGGUGGUCGUGUCCAAUUGAUGGAGGAGAACAAGAGCUUGAGGAGGGAGAAGAUGGAGUUGGAGACCCAGAUAGCCCAGUUCAAAGCCCUGGAGAUGAAGUUGCUGGACUGCCUUGGCCAGUACAUGGGCAACAACCACCACCACCACCACCAUGAGCAGAUAAUGUCCCACCGGAGCAAUUUCGGAGGAUAUGGUGAAGAAUAGUACUUGCAGAUGGAAGAGGUUUAAGGAUGUGGGGUUCUGUUGCUUUUUUGCCCUUUGCAUCGAGAGAUUAAAACCCAAUCAAGGGUGUCAGAAUCUUUGAAUCUUUUCAAGAAGUUAUCCUGUUACUUCUCGAAGCAUGUAUAGGACAAUCUUCUUGAAAACUCGCGAAACUGAACAUUUGGUGGGCUCUUACCCCUUGCCAAGGGUUACUCCAUGUGAAUAAUAAUAUCGGGGUUGGGCAACAAAAACACUCAGA